AUGAAGAGGAGUCACCUCAACUCUCUACAUCUUAGCAAGUGGAAGAAGAACCAGUGGAACCGACAGUACGAAAAAGAGCUAAAGUGGGAGACCUUACAACCAUCUACCUCUGAAUAUGUUCAUCCGUCAAAAAUACCGAAACAUCUACCAGCAGCAGUGAAAACUCGUUUACGUAGGUUGGAAUACGAGGUGACGAUGACCAGACGUAAUUUCGAGAAUAUGAAAAAGCACAAUUUUACAGAAUAUGAGCAGAAAUCCAACAUUCAUCGCAGUAGCAUGAAUAACGAUCCCGUCAAAUAUACUGAGGAUCUUCUACAAAGAAGGCAUUGGACGCCUGAGGAAAUAGAGGCAUUUGAUAAAUUCGAUUACAAUUGGCCUAUCAGACAACGGGAUUGGUGGAAGGUGAAAGGCGAUAUGGAACUUAUGGUUGAACUGUACAAAAAAUUCGAACAUUCAUUAGAUAUGCUGUAUCAAUUAGGACAAAUACAUAAGAUUGAAUAA